GGAGAAAUGCUAUAAUAAUACAAAAGUUAUCUUUUAAACUACAUGGAAAUACCCUCCUAGCCAGAAUGAACACUUUCUGUUUCGACUGUUAUGCGCUGCUUGGGUGGAAACUUGCUGAAAGCACCAAACCGUCCGUAUAUUUUGCAGUAGGAAUAUACUUCAUGAAAUUGGACGAGCUUAAGUACCAGAAUGGUAUAGCGUUGCAUGAUACUCUCUUUGGAGGUGCUAAAGGACAGGCUCCUAAUAAUCAAGUUGGAGGCGCUAAUGCUGAUCAAGAUGGAGGCGCUAAUGAUGAUGAAGAUGGAGGCGGUAAUGCUGAUCAAGAUGGAGGUCCUAAUGAUCAAGAUGGAGACACUAACGAUGAAGAUGGAGGCGCUGAUGAUGACGAAGAUGGAGGAGGUAAUGCUGAUCAAGAUGGAGAUCCUAAUGAUCGAGAUGGAGCUGCUAAUGAUGAAGAUGGAGGUGAUAAUGAUGAUCAAGAUGGAGACACUAAUGCUGAUCAAGAUGGAGCUGCUAAUGAUGAAGAUGGAGGCGCUAAUGCUGAUCGAGAUGGAGCUGCUAAUGAUGAAGAUGGAGGUGAUAAUGAUGAUGAAGAUGGAGACACUAACGAUGAAGAUGGAGGCUCUAAUGAUGAUGAAGAUAGAGGUGCUAAUGAUCAAGAUGGAGACACUAAUGACGAAGAUGGAGGGGCUAAUGAUGAUGAAGAUGGAGGCGCUAAUGAUGAUCAAGAUGGAGCUGCUAAUGAUGAAGAUGGAGGCGCUAAUGCUGAUCAAGAUGGAGCUGCUAAUGAUGAAGAUGGAGGUGCUAAUGAUGAUCAAGAUGGAGGUGUUAAUGAACAGGUUCCUAAGGAACAAGAUUUAGGCCCUUAUGAGCAAAAUGCUGAUCAAGAUGGAGAUGCUAAUGAGCUGAAUGAUGAUGAAGAUGGAGGCACGCCAACGAAAUGAAGAAAGAUGUAGAUCAACUGGCUGAUGGAAUAAAUUAUAUUGAUGCAAAUGCAGACAUUGAUAGCCUACUCAUGCUGAUCAAAAUGCUGAAAGAUUCACAGUUCCUGAAUCGAGUCGGGCUUCAUACUUUACAAAAUCCUAAUUCAUAAUUGUGUGAUUCAUUUUUCUCUUUUGAUUCUAGAAUUACAGUACAUGCUAUUACUUCAGGUUGGAACAAAGCAAUUGACACUGAAAUUUUUAGAUGCUGCUUAGUUUAUCUGUCAACGGGCAGAGAUUAUUUCCUUUACUGCAAUUGCUAUACAAUGCUAGUGAACUUUAGUUUGUUUUUCUUUCAAAAUGUGGAUGACUGGUGUGAGGAAAGAUGAUGUUCCAGUACGUGGUGAAUUUGGAUUUUAACUAGUGGCUUUUACAAUCUCCCUAGAGUUAAUU